AUGUGCUUUGAGAUGGCGAUUACGCAGCUGUGUCAGUUGCUCGUCCGACAGUCGGCCUCUCGCGUCUUCAGGAGGUACAGCAAGGCAUGCCCGGCAUUACCAGAGCAAGUGCAAGUCUUUGAAGCUUUCAGGGAGCAAAAAGAGAAGAGGAAAACUGAGGCUUCGGAAAAGCGCCUCAGCAUCCACGUAGGUGAUGGCCAGAUUGUGAAGGGAACAGCUGGGGUCACAACACCGCUAUCCAUUUCUCAGAGUAUUCGCAAGAAAGGAGCCUUGGUGAGCAAGGUGAAUGGGGAACUGUGGGACCUUGGGCGUCCUCUAGAGGCUGACUGUCAACUACAACUUCUUGGUUUUGAGUCACUUGAGGGAAAACAGGCAGCAUGGCGGACAGGAGCAUGUGUGCUCGGUGGAGUGCUACGAAGGGAGUAUGGUGCCAGAGUUUGUCGAGAGGGAGCGUCAGAGCUCGGUCUUUAUUGUGACCAUGUGUUGGAAAACAGCACCACAGUGUCCCUGAGUGAUGUGGAGGGGAGAUGCAAGGCAGCCGCUGCCCUCAAGCUGCCUUUGACCAGGCUGGAACUUGACGCUAAAGAGAUCAGUGAGCUCCUUCAGGAUGACCUUCUCAGAUUGAGUCUCGUUCAGGAGCAGAUGAAUGGACCCACUGCUACAGUAUACAGGUGUGGGGACAGCAUAGCCUUCUGUAAUGGCCCCCUCCUCCCACACACUGGCUUCCUCAGGGUGUUCAAGAUGCUACAGCUGUCACCCCUGACCCUGGCCGAUCAAAGCGAGUGCCCGAGUUUGAUGCGUCUCUUUGGGGUGGCUUUUCCCAGUGAGAAGGAUAAGGAUGAAUGGGAGAGAGAGCGGGAGGCGGCUCGCAAGAGGGACCACAGGCGCAUCGGCACGGACCAAGAGUUGUUCUUCUUCAAUGACGUCAGUCCCGGAAGCUGUUUCUUCCUCCCUAAAGGAGCCCACGUGUACAAUACCCUAACUGAUUUCAUCAAGAGUGAGUACCGACGGCGAGGCUUUACUGAGGUAAUCACCCCAACUUUGUACAGCACUGCAUUGUGGGAGCGUUCGGGCCACUGGGAGCACUACAGUGACAACAUGUUCACCGUAACCUCGGAGGGCUCACAGACCUAUGCGCUCAAGCCAAUGAACUGCCCCGCACACUGUCUGAUGUUCGAGCAGCGCGUGCGCUCAUGGCGAGAGCUCCCUCUGCGCUGGGCCGACUUCGGGGCGCUGCAUCGCAACGAGCUCUCCGGCGCUCUGGGAGGUCUCACCCGGGUUCGCCGGUUCUGUCAAGACGAUGCCCACAUCUUCUGCGCACCUGAGCAGCUGGAAGACGAGAUUGUGGCUUGUUUGGACUUUGUCAGGAGCGUUUAUCACGUGUUUGGGUUUUCCUUCCAUUGCCUCCUGUCGACACGUCCCACUCCCUGCCUUGGGGAGCCAGAGCAGUGGGACCACGCCGAGCAGCAGUUGGAGCGGAGCCUCCAGCAGUUUGGCGAGCGCUGGGAGUUGAACCCAGGAGACGGAGCCUUCUAUGGGCCAAAGAUUGACAUCCAAAUCAGAGAUGCUAUUGGCCGACAGCACCAGUGCGCCACCAUCCAGUUGGACUUUCAGCUGCCAAUCAGAUUUGAUCUUCAAUAUGUGGGGCAAGAUGGCCAGUCGCAUCGGCCGGUUAUGAUCCACCGUGCCGUUCUGGGAUCAAUGGAGAGGAUGAUCGCCAUCUUGGCUGAAAACUUUGGUGGGAAAUGGCCACUCUGGUUGUCUCCAGCGCAGAUCAUGGUGAUCCCUGUUGAGAGUAGCUGCGUGACAUCUGCCAAACAGGUGGUUCAGCAGUUUCAUGAAGCUGGCUUCAUGGUUGAUUUGAAUGACGACAGUGGUGCCACCUUAAAUAAGAAGAUUCGGACUGCUCAGCUGGCGCAGUACAACUACGCAUUUGUGGUGGGAGAACAGGAGCGUGAGAGCGGCACGGUGAGUGUUCGGAGUCGAGGAGGACAGCAGUUGGGCAGGAGGCCUGUUGAGGAAGUUCUGAUGAGCCUAACACAGCUUCGAGACUCCAGGAGUAACCAGGAGAACUUUUAA